GUAUAGGUAAUUUAUAGGUAAUUUAGAGCCUUUCUCUCAGUUUGUUUGCUUUACAAGAUAGGAAGAUAUCUGUAUUGUCUCCUACUUCCGUCUGAUGCUGGGUAUCUAUAUAUGAGCACCUAGGGAUACUCGUUUUCUAUCGGUGACUUAUUCGCUCCAUUCGCUCAUUCUUCAAUUCUCGUCGAUAUGUUCAUUCUCUGACCCAAAUAUACCUAAAGUCCAAAGGGGCAUUAUAUACAUUCGUUUUCUUAGCUGAGCUAGUCUAUUUCUCUUCGAUUCGCCUGGAGCUUGAGUAUCGCCUCCCUUUAUUUAAGAAGAAAAAAAGAAAACCUCAGUGUCGUUGAUUUAUUCUUCAAGAUGAAGUGCUCACCCUCCUUUCUUGUGGCUAUAGCCACUGUUCUCCCUACGGCAGUAGACGCGCACACCAUAUUCACGACGCUUUUUAUCAACGAUGUCUCUCAAGGAGAUGGGACCUGCGUCAGAAUGAGCAUGGAUCCCCAACACUGCACCUCCCCAAUAGCCGGCUUAGACAGCGAUGAUAUGGCCUGCGGCGUCGAUGGCGAGAAGCCUGUUGCUUUCACCUGCCCCGCGCCGGCCGGUGGGAAACUUACCUUCGAGUGGCGCACAUGGGCCGAUGCUGAGCAACCCGGAUCUAUAGAUAAAUCACACAAGGGGCCUUGUGCCGUAUAUGCUAAGCAAGUGAAAGACAUAGUAACAGACUCCGCUGCUGGUCCUGGCUGGAUCAAACUCUGGGAAGAAGGCUACGAUGAGUCGAGUGGCAAGUGGUGCACGGAGAAGCUGAUCGAUAACAAUGGCUUAAUGUCCGUUGACAUUCCAAAGUCACUUCCCGGUGGUUCGUGGCUCUUCAGGCCCGAACUCCUAGCCCUUCACGAUGCAGAUAAGGGCGAUCCGCAAUUUUACACAGGAUGUGCACAGGUGUUCAUCGACAGCGGAAACACGGCAGCUCUUGAUGUGCCUAAAGAGUACAGUGUUAGUAUACCAGGCUACGUCCAGGUUGGCGAGCCUGCGGUAUCUUUUAACAUCUACCAGCCGCAAUUCCCGUAUCCAAUGCCCGGACCAAAGGUCUACAAGCCCGCAAAAUCCAAAGGCAUGGCGGGUUUUACCUCGACCUCAACCUCGUCCAAGGCACUAAAGCAGACCGAGGGCAAUAUCCCUUCGAACUACCUCAUCAAGAACGCAAACUGGGUUGGAGUGGAAGUAUCCUCCUACUCGACUGAGGACGGGUGCUGGAAGGCAUCCGAGGAAUGUUGGAACCAGGCUAAGGAUUGCUACGACUCGGCACCCCCGACGGGGAGUGCUAACUGCCGAAUCUGGGAGAGCAAGUGCGAUGGCAUCAGUGAUGCUUGCAGUGCUGGGGACUUCAACGGCCCUCCGAAUAAGGGCCAGAAACUCCAAAACGAGGACCCGACACCCCCGGAGAAUAUUCCAGGAGCCGCAGAUGGUAGUGGCUCUAGAAAAAUGCGGGCACGCCGUGCACUCUUGAAAUAGGGGGUUUAUCAUACCAACCCAAUAUUUCUACAGUUGAGAACCCCUGGCUGGGUUUGACGACAUAACGUAGAAGUUUGCGGGAUAUUUCUAAGUACCUAUGUGGUAGAAAGGGGGAGAAUUAUUACACUCUGCUUGCGUCUGUUGCAACAUGUACCUGAACGGCGCAAACUCAUUCCCAGGUGAUUGCGCCAUAUAAGAUAGCUUAUAUUUUCUUGCUAUUAGGUAUAGGUAGUUAGUCACCCCGGGUUCCCCGUAUUUCAAAGUAUUUCUAGAAUGGUCUUUUCCAAUGGUUAUUGUUACAUUGUCAGUAC